CAACGUCAAAAUGACUGAUACAGAGCGCCCUUUCUUUACACUUUAUUUUAUAUAUACACAACUAUAAUUUGCAAAUUCCCUCAAUAUAAUCCCAAUCGCAACCAUAUCAAAAUCUUCACUAAUACCAAUCCUACCACUUGUGUUUUACUUGUCCUCUCUUAAAAUUUUUGUACUCCCAAUUUUUUCACAUUUUAAUCCCAUCAUGAAAGACUCUGUUGCUUCUGCCACAGCCUCCGCACCGGGCACCGUGUGUGUCACCGGAGCCGCUGGAUUCAUCGGCUCGUGGCUCGUCAUGAGGCUGCUCGAACGCGGCUAUAUUGUUCGUGCAACCGUUCGCGAUCCAGCGAAUUUAAAGAAGGUGAAGCACUUGUUAGACUUGCAGAAAGCUGACACGAACUUGACACUGUGGAAGGCGGAUUUGAAUGAAGAAGGGAGCUUUGAUGAGGCCAUUGAGGGUUGCUCUGGAGUGUUUCAUGUUGCCACACCUAUGGAUUUUGAGUCUAAGGACCCUGAGAAUGAGGUAAUCAAGCCGACAAUCAACGGUGUGUUGAGCAUCAUAAGGUCAUGCACCAAAGCUAAGACAGUGAAGAGGCUGGUGUUCACAUCCUCUGCUGGAACUGUUAAUGUCCAGGAACACCAACAACCCGUUUUCGACGAGAACAAUUGGAGUGACUUGGAUUUCAUCAAUAAGAAGAAGAUGACUGGCUGGAUGUAUUUUGUUUCAAAAACAUUGGCAGAGAAAGCAGCAUGGGAAGCAGCAAAAGAGAACAACAUUGAUUUCAUUAGUAUCAUCCCUACAUUAGUUGUAGGACCUUUCAUAAUGCCAACAUUCCCACCAAGCCUAAUCACUGCUCUCUCCCCCAUCACUAGGAAUGAAGGACACUACUCGAUCAUAAAGCAAGGGCAGUUUGUGCACCUUGAUGAUCUCUGUGAAUCUCAUAUAUUCUUGUAUGAGCGUCCUCAGGCUGAGGGCAGAUACAUUUGCUCCUCCCAUGAUGCUACCAUCCAUGAUUUGGCCAAACUGAUGAGAGAGAAAUGGCCCGAGUACAAUGUCCCCACUGAGUUUAAGGGGAUAGAUAAGGACUUGCCAGUUGUGUCGUUCUCAUCGAAGAAGUUGAUAGGAAUGGGGUUUGAAUUCAAGUAUAGCUUGGAGGACAUGUUCAGAGGAGCCAUUGAUACUUGCAGAGAGAAGGGUUUGCUUCCUCACUCUUUUGCAGAAAACUAAUGGCAACAAGGUUUAAAUAUAAAAGAGUAACCAAGAAAAGAAAAGAAAAGCUCUUCGAAGUCUCUGUUUGCCAACUUUCAAUUCUCUGUUUUUUAUGUUUUUGUAUGGUGGGGUGGUGAUUGUUUCGGUGUAUUGGUGCCUUGCCUUUUAAUAAUAUAUCGAUAACAAUGAGGUUUGGUAUUCUCUUAGUAAAAUGUGUGACUGUAUUUUGCUUAAA